AGGACAAGAUGGCGAAAACACAAAACUGUAUUAAAACUAUAUGGAGGUCGUUCUUAUACUAAAGUACAACGCAGACAGGAUAAAUUAGCAGUUAUUUUCACACCAGUUUACUGUUGAAGCACAAAGCGUCUCGGCCAAGAUGGAGGACGAAGAGACAGCGUUGACUUUGCUCAGGUACUAUUGCUAUGAAAAGUAUUUCAAUCACGCUGUGAACGCUGCAGCAGCUGCGCAGAGGAAAUUCAGCAGUGCUCCUAUCUACAGUUUUUUCCAUGCAUAUGGGAACCUAAUGCAAGAUCAAAUCCGAGAAGCCUCAGUAGAGUUGGAGACAAUAAGAGAUAGUCGAGACGUGUCUCUCUGCUCAUUAAUGGCCCUUGUUUAUGCUGAGAAAAAGAAGACAAACCCAGACAGAGAAGUCAUUCAAGAACUCGAUGCUAAGGUCAAAGAAGAUCGUAAAAGUGCAUCUCCCAAGAGUCUGUACUAUGCUGGGAUGUUUCUCUGGCUAUUGGGGCGAAAUGAUAAGGCGAGGGAGUACACAGAGAGGAUGAUCAAACUCUCCAACGGCUCUAGAGAGGGGAUAAUCCUAAAAGCCUGGAUAGAUGUGACAUCUGGGAAAGACACCUAUGCCAGAAAGGCUGGAAAAUACUUCGACGAGGGACUGAAAGAGAAAGCAGAUGUUUUUGCCCUGAUGGGAAAGGCACAAUACUAUGAAUAUCGUCAGAACUACUCCGGAGCAUUGGAGAUGGUUAACCAGGUCAUUGUUAGUUUCCCUGGGUUCUUGCCUGCCCUCAUCAAGAAGAUGAAACUGUUGCUCAGCCUUCAAGACUGGGAGCAAACCACAGAUGCAGCACACAGGCUUUUACAGAAGGAUAAAAAUAACCCGGAGGCACUACGGAUGCUAGCUCUACAUUCUUUAUGUAGAGAUGGAGAUAUUACAGAGUCAGUAAAGCAGCUUUCAAACCUCAUCAGCAGCCUGGAGAUCCUGGAACCACACAACCCAGAGCUGUUCUACAGGAUGUCUCUGGCCUUCACCCGUGUUUGUGGACGAAAUGAGAAGCUGAUUGAGCAGACGUUUAGGAUGGUGGAAAGAGCCUUCUCUGUGGCAUCGGGUGACUCUGAUUUAGCCACAGAGUUGGGCUACCAGAUGGUGCUUCAGGGCAGAAUCAAGGAUGCCAUGAAGUGGUACAAGACUGCCAUGACUUUGGAUGAGACAAGUGUUUCUGCUUUGACUGGUAUAAUUCGCUGUCAGCUGAUAGAGGGCCACCUUGAAGAUGCAGAACAACAGUUGGAAUUUCUCACAGAGAUUCAACAGUCUAUUGGAAAAUCAGGGGAGCUACUGUACCUCCGUGCUGUUCUGGCAGUGAAAAAGCACCGGCCCCAGGAAGAGGUGACCAAUCUGUUGAAUGAUGCUGUGGACACACACUUCUCCAACCUGCAGGGUCUGCCUCUGGGAGUGGAGUACUUUGAGAAGCUGAACCCUGACUUCCUGUUGGAAAUUGUCAAAGAGUAUCUGGCUCUCUGUCCUGCUAAGCCUCCAUCCCAGGGCCAACCUCCUGCUCCUCAGCUGCAGCACUGUGCCACAUUGUUGGAUACUGUGGUCAAGAUUGUGCCAGGUCUUCCUCAAGGGGUCUUCCUGCUCGCCAAAGUCAGAUAUCAGUCUGGUGACGUUGACGCUGCUCAGAGCAGUCUACAACACUGUCUGGACCAGUGUCCUUCUCAUGCAGACGCUCAUCUGCUAAUGGCACAGAUCCAUCUUCUGCAGGGUAACUUCACAUUGUGUUCCCAGUCUCUUGAACUCUGCCUCAGCCAUAACUUUGAGAUCCGAGAACAUCCGUUGUACCACCUGAUCAAGGCUCAGGCUCAGAAGAAAAUGGGUGAGCUGACGGAAGCCAUUCAGACAUUGCAGAUGGCCAUGAGUCUUCCAGGUGUCCGCAGAGCUGGAUCCUCGUCCAAAUCCAAGAACAAGAAGAUUGAGCUCAGUCCUGCUGACUGUGUCUCUGUCUUCUUGGAGUUAGCUGAGGCCCUGUGGCUCAACGGAGAACAGCAUGAAGCAGCAAAGGUGAUGCAGGAUACCAUCAACGAGUUCUCGGGAACCCCAGAGGAGCUACGUGUCACCAUUGCCAAUGCAGACCUGGCCCUGCUGCGUGGUGACACCGAGCUGGCGCUGAGUAUGCUCAGAAACAUUACCCCUGAGCAGCCCUACUACAUCCAAGCCAAGGAGAAAAUGGGAGACAUAUAUCUGAACCACAGGAAAGAGAAACGUCUGUAUGCAAGCUGUUACAGAGAAAUGGUGGAGAAGCUGCCCAGUCCUCACACAUACCUCUUACUAGGUGAUGCCUACAUUAACAUUCAAGAACCAGAGAAAGCCAUUGAGGUUUAUGAGCACGCUCUGAAGAAAAACCCCAAAGAUGGUGCUUUAGCCAGCAAGAUCGGAAAAGCCCUGGUCAAGACUCACAACUACGUCAAGGCAAUAAAUUACUAUGAGGCGGCCCUGAAGACUGAGCAACAGAACUUCCUGCGCUAUGACCUAGCUGAGCUGCUGAUGAAGAUGAAGCAAUAUGAGCGCUGUGAGAGAGUCCUGCAUGAAGCCCUGGCCCAUGAACCAGUAAAUGAACUGCAGGCGCUCUCAGAUGACUGCCGUUACCUGGUCCUGUUGGCAAAGAUCCAAAAUAAGGUUGACAAAAAUGAGGAAGCUUUACUUUCCCUACAAAGAGCCCGGGAUGUGCAGGCCAAGGUGCUGAAGCGGGUGCAGUUGGAGCAGCCUGACGCCGUCCCCAUGCAGAAGCAGCUUGCUGCAGAGAUCUGUGCUGAGAUCGCUAAACACUACACAAGUCAGAGGGGCUAUGAGAGAGCAGUCAAAUUCUACAAAGAAGCUCUUGUGUAUUGUGAGACGGAUCGCAAGGUGAUGCUGGAGUUGGCACGGUUGUACCUUACUCUAGAUGAGGUUGAUGCGUGCCAGGAGCAGUGCAGCAUCAUUUUGAAGAAUGACCAGUGCAACGAAGAUGCAACUCUGAUGAUGGCUGACAUUAUGUUCAGGAAGCAGGACUAUGAACAGGCAGUUUUCCACUUUCAACAACUCCUGGAGCGCAAACCAGACAACUACCCAACACUGUCACGUCUUAUUGACUUAUUGAGGCGGGCCGGGAAGUUGGAAGAAGUUCCCAGAUUUAUUGAUAUGGCAGAAAAACAUUCUUCCAGGACGAGGUUUGACCCUGGGUUCAACUACUGCAAAGGACUUUAUCUUUGGUUCACAGGAGAACCUAAUGAUGCCCUGCGACACUUUAACAAAGCACGGAAAGACAAUGAUUGGGGUCAAAACGCAGUGUAUAACAUGAUUGAAAUCUACCUAAACCCUGACAACGACACCAUUGGAGGAGAAGUAUUUGAGAAUUUAGAUGGUGAAAUCGGGAACUCCACAGAGAAGCAGGAGUCAGAGCAGGUCGCUGUGAGAACAGCCGAGAAGCUGCUGAAGGAGUUAAAGCCUCAGACACCGGGUGGACACACACAGCUCCGUAUCCUGGAGAACUACUGCUUUCUGGCCACUAAGCAGAAGACCAAUGUAGAGAAAGCCCUCAGUGUUUUCACAGAGAUUGCAAACAAUGAGAAAGACCACGUGCCGGCACUGUUGGCCAUGGCGACCGCUUAUAUGAUGCUAAAACAAACUCCUCGCGCCAGGAACCAGCUCAAACGCAUAGCUAAGAUGAACUGGAGCAUUGUUGACGCCGACGAGUUUGAGAAGAGCUGGCUGCUCUUGGCAGACAUCUACAUCCAUUCGGGGAAGUAUGACAUGGCUGGGGACCUCUUAAAGAGAUGCCUCAAUCAUAACAAGUCAUGCUGUAAGGCUUAUGAAUAUAUGGGCUACAUAAUGGAAAAAGAACAGGCAUUCCGUGAUGCAGCACUCAACUAUGAACUGGCUUGGAAAUAUGGAAAUCGGACUAACCCAACGAUUGGAUACAAGCUUGCCUUCAACUACUUAAAAGCAAAGAGGCAUGUUGAUGCCAUAGACGUGUGUCAUAAGGUUCUGGUUGCUCAUCCAAAUUAUCCAAGAAUGAGAAAGGACAUCCUGGACAAAGCUCGUGUAGCACUGAGAUCUUAGUGUUGGAACUGUGUGUGAGUGUGAGAGAGAGAGUGAGAGAUGAAGCCAGUACUUCUGUUGCUUUUAUUGAAUCCACUUUUAUUGUUUGGCUUUUACUGUCAAGUUAAAAGAAUGUGUGUUUUUUUUUUUGUUUUUUUUUAUUAUUUCUUUGGGAAAACCCCCUAAACACGUUGCUAUGUACAUUUUUUUUGAGUAUAUGAAUAGUUGGGUGCUGGCAAUCCUGAGGGAAAUCACAGUGCAGAGGGGUUCAGACAUGUGCAGACAUUUUUUUUUCUUUCUUUCCUCACAAAGCCAAAAAAGCAUAAAAGGAUAGAAAAUAUGUGGAUCUUGCAGAACAGCACUGUCUAAAACUCAUAAUUUAAGUUUUAUUUUUCAGAAAUUGAAACGUGCUCCCCUUCCUGUUAGACAUCUGUUUAUUUGAGACAGGACAUAUUCAUAUUGUAUUUGAUAUAAUUCCCUACUGUUCAUAAAAAUCAAUAUUGAAACGUUUUAUCUUGUGGUGAAUAUCAUCAGGAUGCAGAUAAAUGCCUAUAUUUGUAAUACUGAAAAGCUUAUAUUUCAAAAUAAAACUAUU